GGCUCCUAUACUAAUACCUGACUACUUGUGAAGUAGUCCAAAGGGACUAAAAGUGAGCCUGGGAAAUUAGUGUAUGAUAAAGAUUACAACAUUUUAUAGUUGAUCCAAUAUUAUAAUCUUAGAAUAAUGCUUAUCUAAUUUAUCUUUAUCUUUGUACCGUACCUAAAUAAACAAUUCAACUCUCCUAUGAGACUAUUCUCAUGUUUUAAUCUUGCUUUUAUAUUCUGCUUUAUGCUAUCAGACUCGUACCAUUCUCUUUCUCUGUUUCUUUAUGACUUCUAAAACAUUUGCUACUCUCUGAUAGCUUCCUUUUUUCUAGUUAUUAACCUCUUCUCUUUUUUUUUUUUGUUCAUGCAAACAAAAACCCAGUAAUGGUUUUGGCUAUGGUGUUCAUCAAUGGGCCACUACAUUGCUUAAUACUGCUGAGCUUGAUGUUUGUAGUUAAUGGGGACAUACCAACAACCCUUGAAGGACCCUUCAAGCCAGUAACCGUGCCCGUAAACACUAGCAUUAUUGGAAAUAUGACUAGCUUGCCAUAUAAUGAUACUAGUUUGCAAAGGCCAACGCUUGAUUUUCAGCCAGAACAGAUUUCAGUUUCUCUCUCUUCAAAUUGUUCCUCAGUUUGGAUUUCUUGGGUCACAGGGGAAUUUCAAUUUGGUGAUGAUAUAAAACCACUGGAUCCUCAAAGUGUAGCAAGUGUUGUUCAAUAUGGAACGUUUAACUCAAGCAGAAAUAAUCAAGCUACAGGCAAUUCCCUUGUUUACAGUCAACAAUAUCCUUAUGAAGGCCUCAAAAGCUACACUUCUGGAAUUAUACAUUGCGUUCUUGUCACAGGGUUGGAUCCCGAUACUCUGUAUGAAUAUCAAUGUGGAGAUCCUUCUAUACCAGCAAUGAGUGAUGUUCAUUAUUUCAGGACAAUGCCUUCCCAGCCUGGGGACUACCCAAACAGAAUAGCUGUGGUUGGAGACCUGGGUCUGACUUAUAAUACGAGUACAACAAUUAAUCACAUGCUAGCCAACCAUCCAGAUCUUGCUUUGUUGGUUGGGGAUCUAAGUUUUGCUGACUUAUAUCUUACAAAUGGAACUUUGUCUGACUGCAGCUCUUGUUCAUUUCCUGAAACUCCUUUCCAAGAAACAUAUCAACCUCGUUGGGACUACUGGGGAAGGUUUAUGCAGAUUUUAACAGCUAGUGUUCCAACAAUGGUGAUAGAAGGGGACCAUGAGAUCGAAAAACAGGCUGAUAAUCAGACAUUCACUGCUUACAGUUCUCGAUUUGCUUUUCCCUGUGAAGAAAGUGGGUCAUCAUCCACAUUGUACUAUUCUUUUAAUGCUGGUGGAAUACAUUUUGUGAUGCUUGGUGCAUAUGUCUCCUAUGAUAAAUCAUCUGAUCAGUAUAACUGGCUCGAAAGAGACCUGAGUAAUGUCAACCGAAGUGUGACACCGUGGCUGGUAGCUGCUUGGCAUCCUCCCUGGUACAGCACCUACAAGGAACAUUACAGAGAAGCAGAGUGUAUGAGAGUGGAAAUGGAAGACUUACUAUAUGAAUAUGGUGUUGACCUUGUUUUCAAUGGACAUGUUAAUGCCUAUGAGAGGUCAAACCGAGUAUACAACUACACUCUGGAUCCAUGUGGUCCUGUUUAUAUCACAGUUGGUAGUGGAGGAAAUGAAAAGAACUUGACACUUGCGCAUGCGGAAGAACCUGGUAAUUGUCCAGAUCCCUCUACCACCCCAGACAGAUUUAUGGGUGGCUUCUGCGCAUUCAAUUUUACAUCAGGCCCGGCAACUGGUAAUUUCUGCUGGAAUGAACAGCCUGAUUAUAGUGCAUAUAGAGACACUAGCUUUGGCUAUGGGAUUCUUGAGGUGAAAAAUGAGACUCAUGCCUUGUGGACUUGGUACCGUAAUCAGGACCGCUACUACGAAUCUGGGGAUGUGAUUUACAUUGUAAGGGAGCCUGAUCGAUGCCCAAUUGAGACAAAGGUUUAGAAGUCUCAGACUCAUUCAAGGAGAAAAGAACCGAUUGAGAUGCAAACCGUUCAGAAAAAGGCUUACGGUACCAUGACCUCCACCAGUCUUUAUCUCUGAUUCGCAUAGUUCUAUGUCUAGACUAGAUCAAAAUCAUUCUUUAAUCUUUAUUAUUUAUGAUGCAUUCAUAUGUACUUGAGGAAGAUUAGGGGUUUGUCCAUACAAGUUCGUAUUCUUUGGGGGCUUAUGUAUAUGAUUUUAAGCAUCAUUAGUUAGGCACAUAACAGAUGGUGUCACCAGCAUCCGCAGGUCAUUCUAAUUGUAUUGCUAAAUUACCGGUUACCAAAAUUUAUAAGGAAAAAAAGUUUUGCUACAAUAUUCAGCAUUUUAGUUUCUGCACUG